GUCAUGCGAAUCAGAGUCAGGGGAUUGGUGUUUAAUCAGUAACCAGGAUGAAUCAGAAACUAACUGUUACAAUGCUCGACAUGGCCACACCCGCUCUUGUACAUUAUGUGGAUGUCUAAUGAAUGAGCAAACAUUGCUAGUAUAUAUUUACACUGGAAUAGGCAUAAAGCAUGUUAAAACCACAGAGAUUAAAUGCUGAGUACUAAUCUCUCUCUCUCUCUCUCUCUCUCUCUCUCUCUCUCUCUCUCUCUCUCUCUCUCUCUCUCUCUCUCUCUCUCUCUUUCUCCACCCUGUCCCACCUACCUACAACCAAAGAAAACACAAGCUGUCACGACUCACGACGUCUGUUCUACACCAGUGACUGCGGGUCAUCUCGAUAUUUUCUGUGGGAACUCAGCACAGGAUGCUUAUUUUCAGCAUCGACAGUUUGCAGAAAAUGUGCAUAUGGUCAUGGAGGACAUGUUUGAUGAUCAGCUGCUGAUGAACAUGAUUCCUGCAGAGAACUUCAGCUCCAGCGCCGCGGUGUGUGCGACUGGUCCUGCGCAAUGGCCACACGGAUACUUCCCUUCAUGCACGGAAUAUUACACUAACAGCUUAGAAUCCAGUUCACCAACACACUCGUUCAGCCUUCCCAGUCCGGGCGAUUAUAACAGCUACACUCCACCUGAGUCUCACUCAUCGUCCUCCUCAUGCUACAACUCCCCGACACGCAUGGACAUGAGCUCCAGCUUUACUUCUGAAAACUACCACUAUCAGCAUUGUACCGUGCAGCAUUGCUUUUGCCUGUCGCACUGGCCCAGUCUGCAGGAUGGCACCAUGGCCCCAGACUACACACCUCCUCACUACAGCGCCUCAGACUGUUUUUACCAAUCUCUGGGAGAAGAAGCUUACUGUAGAAGAGAUUCUUCAAGCUCAGAGCUGUGUUACUUAUAAGAGCACUUUGUUUAAGCAUUGAUUGUACAGCACCAGAAAGCAUUUCAAUAUUUUAUUUUUUGUUUUUAUGAAAAAUCUUUAAAAAUGAUCUAAAAAACAUAAAAUUGGUCAUACUUGGUAUUGUCAUAACUUACAGGUUCAAAGGCCAUUUUCAAAUCAGUUUCACAGAACCUUUGUUGAAAGGCUGAUCAGUAUCGAGGACGAACAAAUUGUUCAUUUAUUAUUAUUUUUUUAUUAUUUUCCAUUUUAUUUACAAUAAAAUACUAUUUUUCGUAA